UUUACAGUCAGUUUUGCGGUGCUGGCCUCUCGAGACCGAUGCCUUGUUAUUUUUGAUUUUAUUCUGAAACUGAACUGAAACGCAUAUAUCGACUCUUAAGUUAUUAAUUGUGGUUCCUAAAUAAGAGGUGAAGUGAAGUGAAAAGAUACAGUAUUGAAUAGUGUGUUGUGGGAACUUUGUUAGUUUUCCGGAAAAUUAUAUAGAAAACAAACCAAGAUGAUGUACCAGAUGAUAUUCUUAGCCUCAGUGGCGCUUCUUGUUGCUGGACACGGCCACGAUCACACCCACGAGCCCAGUACAAAAACAGCGGACCAACCUCUGCGAGCUGUCGUACGUCUGGCCAGCCCGGACGGACACGACAUCCAUGGCAACGUGACCUUCACUGAGGAGGGGGACAAGGUCCACAUCCACGGACACAUCUACGGCAUGCCGCAGGGACAGUACGGCUUCCACGUUCACGAGACUGGCGAUAUCACCGGCGGAUGUCUCUCUACUGGAGCGCAUUUCAACCCUGACAACAAAGACCACGGCCACCCUGAAGAUGAUAACCGCCACGUCGGAGACCUCGGCAACAUCGAGUUCAACGCUGAAAGUCUCAGCCAUGUUGACAUAACAGACCGCGUCAUCGCUUUACGCGGAGCCCACAGCAUCAUCGGCAGGGCCGUGGUUCUACACGCAAUGUCUGAUGAUUUCGGAAGGUCCGACCACCCUGACUCGAAGAAGACCGGCAAUGCUGGAGGCCGGGUCGCCUGCGGUGUUAUCGGAAUCCUGAGUCCCGUGAACGGCUGGGACCGGAACGCUGCAUCUACCAGCAAAUAUUGGUUCUCUUCGGCCAUGUUUCUCGUUCUUUCCGCCAUGACAAUGUUGCUCCAGUAAAAUUAAUUCAAAGAAAUUGAAGCUCUAAUAGUUAUACCUAUUUAAGUAAUUUAACGAAGUGUUUUGUUUAAGCUAUUGUAAGAUUUACAUAGGCAAUAUUGCAUUAGGUAUGUUAUUUAAUUUAAUUUACUGAAAUUAACAACGUGUUCGUUUAAAUAAUUCACAAUAUGGCAUACCGACAGAGUACUAGACAGCCGGUUUGCGCAGUAGGCAGCGACCCUGCUUUCUGAGUCCAAGGCCGUGGGUUCGAUUCCCAUAAC